GUUUCUAGCCCCUUUUCCAGCGGCUCGUUUUGAAGCAGCCCUUUUCGCGAAUUCUCCUGCCAUCGUUCACACCACAGGAUGAGUCCAAGUCCAAGUCAUUGCGAAAUUAUAGAAGUCUUUGAAUCUUAUGCCUCAUACAGGCUGCGUAUUCCUCUGUUCCUUCGACACAGUCAAUUCAGAACCCCCACGACCCCGUCUUUACCCCGCCUUUACCCCGCCAUUGGAGAACAAUGGGCCAAGUUCAAUUCGGAAGAUGUUCUAGAAAGUUGCCAAAGAAGGUGCUGGCGACUCCUCGAGGGAACUUUGAAAAUUCAACGAAUUACCAUGUAAGCUUUGAAGCUUUAUAUGGUAUUUGCUCUCCCCGGGACGACAUUGUCAAAGUGAUCAGGACGAGGUAUAACUAUACAGCUCGUUGGAUUUCAAGAUGCCCUUUACCAACUCUGGGAGGAUAUGGAAAGACCAGGGAGAUUGCCCUGAAGCACUACAAGAUCCUUCAAAGCUAUAGGGUGGAGUUGGUCAUCGACUCUGCCAUCGGCACUCUGUUUUUCAAUUCCGACUAUCCUCGGGAUUCAGGAGAAUUCAAUUUUGAUAUCGAAGAGGACUUCCUGAAGUCACUGAGACACCAGGCGAUCUAUGAGACGCCAUUUAGUAUUUGGAACAAUGCCACGUACGAACAGAUUUUCUGGUGCCUAUCCUGUCUCAUGAUGGGAUUAGAGAGACUGAUGCUACGCAUCGAAAUUUUUCGUUAUGGAGAUCCGCUAAAUCCGGCAGAGCCGCGAGUGCGGGAAAGAUGGAUGGGCUGGGAAUUUGGCGGCGGGGUCCCAACUUGGGAGUAGAAUUUGACGCUGCUAGGAACAACUCCGGAACUGAAGUUUGCUUCACAAUCACUCCAUGACUAAUUAAUAUUCUUCGAUGAGGGUCAGUACGAUUAUGGGGAAAAUUGCCAAACACACAUUUACAUGUCACGGUGGCUGCCAUCGAGUACCUUUAAUGAGAUCUUUAAGCACUAUUGGCUACU